AUGAAACGAGCUAAUAGACCUUUAUCUAAUCGUAGCAAGUCUCGUCCUAUUCAGAAACCAUCAAAAAAAUUAGGUUGCAAAUCUUAUCUACGAGUAUUGAAAUGUCAUAAUGAGAAGGGAAAUUUAGUUCGAGUCAUUCACUAUACACGUCAUAAUGGACAUAUCCCUGGUACUGAUGAAGAUUUACGUCACUUUUGUAUUUCUCAACAAGCAAAAAAAUGGAUCCAUGCAAGGGCGAAAGAUGGAAUGCAGCCUUCCCAAAUAGUAUCGAUAUUUCACCGACGCAUUAAUCAAUUUCAUGAAAAUAAAGAUUCAGACUCCUUAACUUUGAUACAGAGACGAGAUAUGUAUCUUUCCUAUAUCGACAUUUAUAAUAUUGUUAAUGAUGAGAUGAAAGGAGUGAUUUUCUUAGGUAACAAGAAAGAAGAAUAUGAUAAUGAAGGCAGACAAAAUGUACCUGUUACACAUUUAAUAUCAGAAAAAAAAGCAGGAGAUACAUUAAUUUUUUGGCUUGAAGCUAUUAAAAACCAAAAUCAAGAAUGGAAACCACAUACCUUUCUUACUGAUUGCGAUGACGCACAACAAAAUGCAAUUCGUACAGUAUAUCUCGGAGCUACGAUUCUGUUAUGUCAGUGGCAUAUAAAGAAUGCCUGGCAAAAAAAUAAAGGAAAAAUUAAAGCUGAUGGUAAUUAUUUUGCAGCUCAAGAAAAGAAUAAAAAUAAUAGCAAUAUUAUUAAACGAUCGGGAAAGCAAGCGACUCAGAAGACAGCAUUGGAUGAACUUGGCAUAAUUAUGAGGAUUCGAGAUAUAUCCCAGAGAGAAUAUCGUGGAAACUGUGAAAUGUGGAUCGAUGCAUAUCGCUUAUACGAACAUCAAGAAAUGAACACAACAAAUUUUAUUGAAGCUUGGCAUAAAAAAUUAAAAUAUACUUACCUGGAAGCCAAAUAUAACCAUCGAAUAGAUACUUUGAUUUGGAUCCUGCGUGCUGCUAUAAUGGAUGCACAAUUCGAAUGUGAAGCAAUCCAUUUGAUGAUUGGAAGAAUGAAACCUAGACAAAAGGAACAGUGA